AUGACUAAGCAAGAGAUUUCCGAUUCGUUGCGGGCUGAGCGGGCUCGUUAUGUGGCUUCGAAUGCGGGGUCAGGGUCCAAGCAUGAGGAGGCUCGGCAGUGGUUGCCCGGCGGGGAUAGUCGGAACUCGAUCUUUUGGGGUCCGUUUCCGAUCUAUGUGUCUAGGGCCGAGGGGUCGAAAAUCGUGGAUCUGGAUGGGAAUGAGCGGGUAGAUUUCAUCAACAACAUGACGACGUUGAUCCUUGGUCAUCGGCAUCCGGCGGUGAUCGAUGCGUUGCGUGAGCAGCUGGAGCGUGGGGUUUCGUAUCCCGCGCCGACGCCGUUGGUUGUCGAGUGGGGUGAGUUGAUGUGCGAGCGGGUGCCGUCGCUGGACAAGGUGCGGUUUGUGAACUCGGGGACGGAGGCGACGUUGAAUGCGAUUCGAGCGGCGCGGGCGUUUUCGGGCAAGAACCUCUUGGCGAAGUGUGAGGGUGCGUAUCACGGGAACCACGACGCGGUGCAGAUCAGCGUGACGCCGGCUGUCGGAAUGGCCGGCGAUGCGGAGUCGCCGGAUGCGGUGUUGAUGACGCGUGGGAUGACGCCGAGGUCGGCGGAUGAGAUCGUGAUCAUGCCGUACAACGAUCUCGAAAAUGCCGAGCGGGUGAUCCGAGAACAUGCGGACGAGUUGGCGGCGGUGAUUGUGGAGCCGAUCAAUGGUCAGUGCGGGAUGGUGCCGGCCGAGCCGGAGUUCUUGGACGGGCUGCGUCGGUUGACGUCGGAACUGGGGAUUCUGCUGAUAUUCGACGAGGUGAUCGCCUUCCGGGCGUCGCGCGGAGGUGCGCAGGAGUAUUACGGAGUGACAGCCGGACUUGACGCUGUUUCGGGAAGGUGA